CAUUUUGUUUCACUGUGGUGCUGUGCUGGUGGUGGUGGUGUUGCCUCCUGCACAUUUCGCUUUCUCACUUCACAAUCCACCUCUCACGUGAACCAUAAUUGCACCCUUUCUUCAAUCUUUUCCUUUUUCUUUGCCUUUAAUUCUAGGGUUUUCUUCCAUUUAUGUUUGCAUUGUUUGUGAUUUUUUCUUUUCUUGUGCCUGAUCUUGAAUUUCGCUUGAUCUACUCAACCACCCUGCAGAUCCGCACAACUUCAGUGUUCAUAACUUCAGAGCCUUUGAGGGUUUUGCAGUGAAGCUUUGUGCUUUGGAGGGGUAAGUGGAAAUGACAAGUUAAGUGUGUGGUUGAGCUUGUUUUACACUUUGGAGCUGCUGAAUUUUGUACUGCAGAUAAAGGGGUUUUGUUUUCCGUGAGUUGUGGUGUGUGAAUUCUGGCUGCUUUGGCCUUGGCAUCUCGUUGUGGAAGUGGGUUUUAAUUGGGGUUUGGAAUUUUAAGAGGAUUUUGGUGGGUUAAGGUGUGAUUUCAGAUGGGUUUUGGGCGGUGGAAGAGGAUUUGAUUGUAAUUUGAGCCCGCCCUUUGUAUCAUGAUAUGGGUGCAGAAUGUUUAAACAGAGCGCAUUUUUUCUGUUCUUAGUGGAAAUGUGAAGUGGGUUUUGAUUCUUGAGAGCGGUGGAGGAGGAGGAGGGUUGGUUAAUGUCUGAAGAAAAAAGCAAAUGGACCGAUAUUUGUGAUUUUCAUGAUGUGCAGUUCUAAAUUUGGAUUUUUGAGGGGAUUUGAUUAGAAUUUGUUGGGUGAAUUCAGUUGUGGGAGUUCUCAGAUAUGCCUCCAUCACCUGCAAUGAGAAUUUCCCCUGGGAGGGAGCUGAGGGCAGAGAAUCACAAGAGAGGGCGAAGUCUUGAGAGCGGGGUACUGUUACGAGAAAAGGAUGAUGAUCUUGCUCUGUUCAACGAGGUGCAGAACAAAGAAAGGGACAAUUUCUUGCUUAAGUCAAAUGACGACUUCGAUGACGUUUUCUCUACAAAAUUAAAAUACUUGAGAGUAGCGACCUGCUCAAUGCGGAAGGAGAUAAAAAUGACUAUGACUGGUUGAUAACUCCUCCGGAGACUCCUCUUUUUCCUUCUUUGGAUGAUGUGGCACCACCAGUUAGUCUUGCACCUAGGGGCAGGCCCAGGAGUCAACCUGUAUCAAUCUCGAGAUCAUCCACAAUGGAAAAGGGUUAUAGGACGGCAAGGGGUAGUGCUAGUCCCCAUCGCCUUAGCCCAUCUCCACGGUCCAGUAAUAGCACAUUGCAGUCAAGAACCAGACCGUUCUCUGCCAUUCAUUCAAGUCCACCUCCUACUUUGCGCCAAUCUUCUCCGUCGAGGAGGCUGUCUCCACCACCAAGUAAACCAACACCUGCUCCAAGGUCUGGUACACCAACACCUAGGAGGAUGAGCACGGGUUCAACUAGUGCUACUGCCCCAUCAAGAGUGAGAGGUACCUCACCCGUCAAGACAAGUCGGGGCAACUCUGCUUCACCAAAAAUCAGAGCAUGGCAAUCUAACAUCCCUGGCUUUUCCUUAGAGGCACCUCCUAAUCUCCGUACCUCACUGGCUGAUAGGCCAGCAUCCUACGUGAGAGGGUCCUCACCAGCAUCCAGAAAUGGAUCGAGAUCGGGCAGACAAUCCAUGUCUCCAACUGCUUCUAGAAGUGUCAGUUCUUCUCAUAGUCAUGAGAGGGACCAAUUCAGUUCCUACAGCAAAGGUUCAGUUGCAUCAUCAGGUGAUGAUGAUGUGGACUCGCUACAAUCCAAUCCUAUCAGCAGCUCAGGCCGCUCGGUUCCAAGAAGCUUAGGUGCUUUCCCAAAUAAUAGAGCUACGGGCUUUUCCAAGAAACCAACUAAAGUUUUGUCGAGUUCUGCUCCCAAAAGAUCCUUUGACUUGGCACUUCGACAAAUGGAGAGGAAGGGUCCUCAGGAUAUGUUCAGACCCCUAUUAUCCAGUGUCCCCAGUUCAACAUUCUAUGCAGGAAAAACGAAUGCACCUCAUCGUCCACUGACAUCAAGAAAUUCUUCUAUAACAACUAGCAGUAAUGCCAGUUCUGAUCAAGGAACAAGCGGAGCAAUUGAGCCUGAAGAAAGUGAGCAAAACCAGGAGGAUGUGACCAGUGACUUUGUGAAGGGCCAAUGUCCAACUAUGGAUGAUGAAGUAUUUGUCAUGGAUCAAGGUGAUGCUGCAAACGGAGCUGUUGAGGACCGGAUAAUUGAGGAAUCAACAAGUUGUCAGCAUCGGGAAAAUGAGAACCCAUCUCUAGUUAUUUCUCAGUUAGGCUUUGAUGAGAGUAGCAGCCCACGUGAACUGGGCAUAGUUCUGGCUUCUGCUGAUGUAGUUUUGGAUAGAAAAGAUGGUUCUUCGGAUGUUGAUGACACUCCAGGUAUGGAAGUAUGCUCUAAAUGCAAUCGCAGGUUUCAUUCAAGCGAAUUAUUAAUGGAAGGAGAACUAUGGCUUUGUCGGGAGUGUAAGAGUUUGGAAGUAAAUUCAACUUUAAUAACUCCAGAGAAAACACUGAUGGUUGAUAAGAACACUACAGGUCAGAUUCUAGAGUAUGGCACGUCCGAGAUCUUGGACAAGUCUGCCUCGGUUCCACAAUCAUUAGAAGCUACCUGUUCUGGUGAAACAGGGACGGACCAUCUUGACAACAUUUCCAACCAGGAUCAACUUAGUGAACCAAGCAAGGAUCUUGCAAUUUUGCUUAUUGAGGAAGGGGAUCUAACUCAUGCCACCCAGCAAGACAAUAAUCACUCUGUGGAUGGUGAAAGAGGCCAUAAGGAAUCACGGCAGUCUGGAAUCUGUUCAAAUUCAAAGGUUGAUGUUUCAGAAGGAACAGGUAUAUCAUUGCUACUGAAGAGAUCAAGCAGCGACAGAGGACACAUUGUUCAAAGCAGGAGUUUUACAGCAAGUAACAUUAGUUAUGAUGAUUUGUCCUAUGUGAGGGACAGUGUAAAUAGCAUGAGAAGCUCCAUUGGGCAUACUAGUACAUCUGUAUCAUCUUCUGUUGACCUGGGAUCUUCUAGGCAGAUGGAGACUCAUAUUCAUCGGCAAUCAAGUGGCGGAAAAUCUGAUAUGGAAAACUACAGAUAUGAAACACCUGCAAAGCACAAGCGGUCCAUCUCGUCUUUGUCUGGUGCUUCAAGUCAUGUACCCCAGGCCCCAAGUGUAAUACCAAGUUGUCUCGAAGAUAGUUUUGAGAUUGUAGCUGCCAACAAGGAUAACCAAGUCCAGGUGGUGACAUGUGCAGGUGCUUUUGAGCAAUUACUGGCUUCUGAAUGGACAGAAGCAGAAAGUACAUGCACUGAUGUAGAAAGCAAUGUUACUUUUAAAACUGCCACAGAACCAUCAAGCCAUUUGACAAAUUCCUGCACAGAAGAUACUUCAGUGAUGCCAAAUUUGAUGUCUGAAGAGCCAGCAUCAGAUGAGAAUGGAGACAACUUCACAAAGAAUUCCAGUAAUUCAAUGAAUGGAGAAACAUCAGCUGCACAUUUAGAGACUUCUACUCAAAAGGAAGAUGCCAUGCAAAAUUCAUGCCUCGAUGGGGUGGAUGUUGCAGAAAUUCCUGUUUCCAGCUCUUUGGGUGCUAUUUCAGAAAUGGAAAUUGAGGAUGCGGAUGUCAUGUCUGCUGACUCGCAAUCUGAUGUAUAUUCUACAAAUUCAAAGAGCUGCAUGAAUGAAUUACAGGAGCCUUCUGUUUCAGUGGCGUCCGACGAUGCUAUAAUAACAGCUAACUCUAUUCCUGCAAAUGGUGUCCGUGAAGAACCUACCAUCAUGUUAGAAGAUGUGGGUGGAACAAAGUCGAGAAGCUUAACUCUUGAAGAAGCAACAGACGCAAUCCUCUUCUGCAGCUCCAUUGUCCACAACCUGGCAUAUGAAGCGGCAAAUAUCGCAAUAGAUAAAGAGAACCCACCGGUGGAAGUUUUACGACCAACAAUGACAUUUGCCGGCAAAUCCAAUCCUGACAGAAGAGACAUUCGUUCAAGAACUCUGGGAAAACGUUACUCCAAAUCCCAAAAAGCUCGACAAAGAAGACAGGAACCUGAUACCAAACCUCCUCCCGUCACCGCUGAAACCAACGAGAAAUCCACUCCUCGCAUCGUCAGGUCCCCUACUAAGGUUGAUACCGUGAAUCCUCCGAAGCUGGAAUCCAAGUGUAACUGCAUAAUCAUGUAGCCUUCCGAACCCCUGGAAUUUACGGUGGUUCAGGCGGGAGACGGUAAUGUGUGUUUGUUUUUGUUGGUCCAGAUUUGUUUUGUAAGAAAUAUAUAUAUAUAUAUGAUUUUAGAGACAAUCCCUUGUAAAUUUGUAAUUCAUAUUAGGCUGAUGAUAGAAGAGAGGCAAUUUGAGGGUUGCUUGGCUUCUCCUCUCUGCCAUAUUCUUGUUAGUCUUUGUUGUUAUUCUCAUUUUGAUAAAAAGAGCAAGUGGUGAAAUUUUUUGUUUCUGAUGCUACAGGAAAAAUGCAUUCAGAUAAUGAUUCUUCUUCU